UCAUCGCGAACAAGUCCCAUUCUGUAGUGUGGCUUCGGUUCACAGUGAAAAUGGAGUCACAAAGAUCACCGGAGUGUUGCUCUGUCUUCUCUCUCAAGAUCUCGACCAUCGUCCUAGGUUCCAUAGGGCUUGUUAUCUGGCCUACCGCCAUUGGCUUCACUUGUGGCUAUGGCUUUUACGGUUUUAAUGGAUAUUACCAUUCUCCAUUCGCCUUAACAGCUGCGGCGGUAAUACUGAUAGGUGUAAACAUCGCCUAUGUCUACCUGACGUGUCUCAUCAUCUUCAAACUCACAGGUAGCCGUCAGCUGACACCUGAGGUUAUCCAGUCUGUUCGGAGAAAUACAGCCCAGUUGGUGGCUUUCCUGUUGGUCGGGUUCGCAGAGUGGGUAACCAGCGUCGUGUGGUAUGCUAUGUACGGGAUAAUGUUUGAUCCCUGGUUCGUGUACGUCACACUCUUCGGUUGCAGUUUCUCAUUCGUGUGGACCGUAAUGGUGGCAGCGGUUUCCGGGUCGCUCACGCACGUGUACAAGCCGCCGUAUGAGCAGGCCCUCCAAGAUCUUCCUGAGGUGUACGACACUCAGAGCCGGUUCCGAGGCGAGGUCCCGUCCAGGUUCGACACACACCCUAAGGAACCUAUCUACGCCCAUCCGAACAGGAGCUCGGCCACCGCCCCCGUGCACGGCCGCGUCUCCCCCUGGGCUGACCACUUGUAGGCACGGAGUCCUUCCUCUUUCCUCCACGCCAAACGCAGGAACUCUAUAGAGCAACAAGAUAAUCAUACGCC